UUAAUUUUGCAAUAUUGUCAAAUUAUAAUCUGAAACAUCAAUUAAAUUUUAUUAUAAAUUGUAACCUCUUUUGCAAUUUAUAAAUUUUUAACUUAAAAGCAAAACAUUACACAUUGAUAUUACUUUAUUAAAUACGGUAAAGUUUAAUGAUAGAAUAAUGCUUAUAAAAAGAUUUUAUAGUAAUUAUAGCGAUGUAACAAUUUUAUAUCCCGUUACCAUAAUUCUUAUAUUUUUAUAAAUUCAAAUUUUAACUUGAAAUAUAAUAAUAACAUGUUCGUAUAUUAAAUGAACUGUAACAAAAUAAUAUAAAAAAAGUAAUAACCAUUCCAAAGAAUAAAAGCUAUGGAUAAAAAAACGUAUAAAAAAUAUAAACGAAGGAUUGCACAAGCUGUAGCUAAAGUCGAUAAUAAGCCUCCAAGAUUUGAAGUGUCCGCAUAUUACAAACCGCAUAAUAUGAGAAGUGACAUAAAUCGAAUAAGAGAAAUCGACAAGCAAAAUAUAAAAUUGUUAAGGCGGAUGAAUAUAAUUACUCGAUUAAGGUCAAAUAUCGAUUGCUGGUUACCAAAGAUAAAAUAUAAAUCAAAACUUGAUAAUCAGGAAGUAAAAAAUACACAAGUCAUGAAAGAAAAUAAAAAUUUAUUACGAAAAAUUCGUAGAGCAAGUACUAAUUAUUCUACUGCCGAGUUUAUACAAGAUUGGAAAGAAAUGAACAUGAAAAUGGAACACAAUAGAAGAUAUCAGAAAGAACCUACAACACAUACCAUUGGAUUACAAUCUCCACAAGAUCAUUGUAUAAUUACAGAUUUAUCAUUGCUAAAACAUAUAAAUCCAUCUAUUCGUACCAAAUGUUUUUUUGAAAUUGAAAUCCAAGGAGAUCAGAAAUUAGGAUCCAUUCAUUUUGAACUUUAUGAUGAUAUUGUACCUCGAACAUGUACAAAUUUUGCGGAAUUAUGUCGUGGAUAUAAUGGCUUAUCGUACAAGAACACACCGUUUCAUCGAAUUGUAUCCGGUUAUUGGUGUCAAGGCGGAGACGUUACAAAACUUAACGGAUGUGGAGGAAAGUCCAUAUAUGGUGAAUCAUUUGAGCAUGAGAAUUACAACUUACGUCAUGCUGGUCCCGGAAUUUUGUCCAUGUGUAACGAAACUGAAAAUACAUGCAAUUCCAAAUUUAAUCUUACUUUUAGACAAUUGGAAACAGUAGAUGGGAAAAAUGUAGUUUUUGGGAAAGUGAUUGCAGGUCUCUCAAACAUUUAUAAGAUUGAAGAAUUUGGUACAAAAACAGGAAAACCAUUUAAAACAAUAAUUAUAUCCAACUGUGGUAUUAUAUCAAGAUAUAUAAAAAAUAGAUAAAAAUCAAGCAAAGCAUAAAAAUUUCAUUUAAUUGGUGAAAGGCAGAAGUCUUUGAUAGUAUAACAUCAAUGUUAAUAGUUUAAUUACUUUAUCGUAUAUAGAAAAACAUAAUUAUAUCAAUUACUUAAUUAAUUUUUCUCUCAAAUGUUCUUUCUUUAUAUCUGUACAUUGUA